AUGCAGGAGUUAAUCGCAUCGAGUCGAGUCAAUUUCUACGACAGCAAGUGGAACUAUUUCGGGUCAAAGACGCAGUUGUCGUCGAUACUGUCCUGGAUCACCACUAUCAACUCGAGCGUCUUGAAAGGGGGCGCUUUGAACGAAGUCUUGAUGGGCCGGCGGAUGUCGUGGGCGUCUAGCCGUCAGACCACGAGGGUCGAGGACAUAGCAUACUGCCUCCUCGGCAUCUUCGAUAUCAACAUGCCGUUGCUGUACGGGGAGGGCACAAAAGCCUUCACUCGGUUACAAGAAGAGAUCAUCAGAUCAAGUCACGAUCUCUCAAUCUUCGCUUGGACGGCAUAUGCCGCAGACAAGAGAGCCUUUCGGGGCCUGUGGGCCAGCUCCCCGGCAGAGUUCAGGGUAUGCCAUACGCUCGUCAAGCCUUCCUUCAAGUGGGUUGAUGGUGGUGAAUACACCAUGACGAGCCGGGGCCUCCGGACAACCGGCAUGAUCAGAAUAGGCAGAGGUGCGGCGGGAGAAGCUGGCAGCUACUUCCUGCCUCUCAACUGCGUCGACGCGCGCCAGACGAAGCACAUUCGGUUUGAGAAAGCCGUGUUCGGACAGGACAGUCUUGGAUCUAGACGUGUAUUCGGCGGCAAAUUUGACGCAACCGCAAUAUAUAUAUGCUGCAAGGAGAGCGCGGACCUAGAAGCCACAGUGGUUAACAGCCGGACAGACGCCAUCAAGAUCGAAUUCUCGGAGGACAUGUUCGUCUGUCAACGCCCGCAUUACUGGGGCAGGCGGAAGAUCAAGUUGACGGGAGGCAAUGACGGCAUCAGCAUUGUGUGCGUGCAGUCGAAUAGCUGGCCGUUGUAUGGCAUCUUCAGCUGGCACGAUCUACCGGCUGAUCUCCAGCGGGACGACCUGCUGCCGGGCCAGGUCGAAGAUAUACGGCAGCACUCGCGCGACCGGACCACGACUGUCUGCUCGGGCUUCAUGCACACGGUGAAAGACGAAUAUAAUAAAGACGUCGAUUUCGUGGAGAGUGAUAUGCAGACUCCGUUUACCACUCUGCGAGUGAGUAGCGAGAGACUGGGCUAUUCGUCGAGGGGCCGGAGGAAGGUUACAAAGCGCAUCUCGUCGAUCUUUAACGUCAUGCAAAAGGCCAAGAUCGCUCGAAGAGAAACUACCUAA